UGGAUUCGUUAGGCGCCGGGAGUCCAUGCUGGUGGUAUCCAGGGAAUUGACUGUUGCCAGUGCAAUCAGCUCGUGUGACGUGAUUCGGCAAUUUUUUUUUAUUCAAGAUGGUAGAUUAACAGAAGCACGCAUCCCAAUUCAGGGAACCACUCCCGCUUCCUACAAACAUCUCUGGCGUCAUCCCAGUCAACCAUCGGCAACGGUCUUCCAGGACAGCAACAUAACUGCGCACAGGGAAUCAAGAGUGGUCUGGAAAGCACUAGGAACACCAACUCGGAUCAGCAUUCUCCUCGAUUCUCCGAGAUCUGAUCCCGCACACCGAUCGAACCGGAUCCAAGACGACUACUUUCUUGCACUACAAGGAGGGCGUCCCUCCUCCCUCCUCCUUCCCUUCCUCCCUCCCCAAUAACUCCGCACCAUGAAGCCGCUCACACUCCUGCAACGGCAACGAAUCACUCUCUCCCUGUUCUUCACCGUCGCCGUCGGCGCAGUCUUCACAGUCGCAACGCCGGCCUUCGUGCCCUGGGAGGUUGUCGACGAGAAGCGUGCCCAGGCAUUGGACCAACAGCGUCGCCAAGGAAAGGACUUUCACGUCCUCGAGACUCGUCGGCGCGCAUCCAAUCAAGGAAGCGACAGUAAUAGCCAAGGCGAUCGUCCAGAAACAGAGGCCACCACCACCAGCAUUAAUCACCCUUCCUCUGCACCGAUCUCUUCACAAGGACCCCUGGUAUCACUCUUGACGGACCGCUCAAAUCCAGAUGCUUUGACCGAAUCAACCACGGAAUCAACGUCCACUGUGGGCACGGAUCCAAAUCUGAGUCCAGAGGCAGUACAGGAUUCGAAUGAACCGAUUAAGAAGCGGAGACGGAGGCGGAAGAGAAAGAUGGUCAACGAGGGAUGGCAGGAACUGACUGGUCGGACAGCAAGGGAAGAAAAGGAGAAACAGCAUACUCAGACAGACUCAACAGCUGUGAGCGAACAACCAGCACUAGGCGAGAAUGGAGGACUGGAGAUUACAUGGAAAAACAAGACCACACCAUAGACAGCAUUGUUAUUAUUAUUAUUACUACUAUUAUCAUCAUCAUCGUCAGGAACAACCAUCAUACUAUCAUACCAUCCUUUGACAUCAAAUGGAAUCAAAUGCAUUUUGUUGCAUACUCUUAUACAAAUGGACCAAACAAAGUGCUCAGACU